GUUCUCUCGGCCGCUCUCUUGCCACUCUCUGCAGGAGAUGAGGCUGCUGCAGUCCCAAACCGGGGGUGACGUGAGCGUGGAGGUCAACGCCGCUCCGGGACCAGACCUGACCAAGAUCCUCAAUGACCUGAGAAACGAAUACGAGGAGAUCAUCGACAAGAACCGCCGAGAGGUUGAGCAGUGGUACGAGGUCAAGAUCGAAGAAGUCAACCGGCAGGUCACGUCCAGCACGCAGGACAUCCAGACCAGCAGCCACCAGCUCACCGAGCUGAGGCGCGAGAUGCAGAACCUGGAGAUCGAGCUGCAGGCGCAGCUCAGCACGAAAAGCUCCCUGGAAAACUCCUUGGCAGAAACCGACGCUCGCUACGGCUGCCUGCUGCAGCAGCUCCAAGGGCAGAUUAACUCUGUCGAGGAGGAGCUGGCCAGUCUCCGCUGCGAGAUGGAGACUCAGAACCAAGAGUACAAGAUGCUGCUGGGCAUC